AUGAAUGACCAGUAUCACCGGGCCGCCAGGGAUGGCUACUUGGAGCUCCUCAAAGAGGCCACCCGGAAGGAGCUGAAUGCCCCUGACGAGGAUGGCAUGACCCCCACCCUCUGGGCUGCCUAUCAUGGCAACCUGGAGUCUCUGCGCCUCAUUGUGAGCCGAGGGGGUGACCCGGAUAAGUGUGACAUCUGGGGAAACACACCCUUGCAUCUGGCAGCUUCUAAUGGCCACCUGCACUGCCUGUCCUUUCUCGUAUCCUUCGGGGCCAACAUCUGGUGCCUGGACAAUGACUACCACACGCCAUUGGAUAUGGCCGCUAUGAAAGGCCACAUGGAGAGCGUGCGCUAUCUGGACUCCAUCGCAGCCAAGCAGAGCAGCCUCAACCCCAAGCUGGUGGGCAAGCUGAAGGACAAGGCCUUUCGCGAGGCGGAGCGGCGUAUCCGCGAGUGCGCCAAGAUGCAGCGCAAACACCACGAGCGCAUGGAGCGGCGCUACCGGCGAGAGCUGGCCGAACGCUCCGACACGCUCAGCUUCUCCAGCCUCACGUCCAGCACCCUGAGCCGCCGGCUGCAGCACCUGACGCUGGGCAGCCAGCUGCCCUACUCGCAGGCCACGCUACACGGCACGGCCAAGGGCAAAGCCAAGAUCCAGAAGAAGCUGGAGAGGCGCAAACAAGGGGGCGAGGGCACCUUCAAGGUCUCUGAGGACGGGCGCAAAAGCGUCCGAUCGCUCUCGGGCCUGCAGCUGGGCAGCGAUGUGAUGUUUGUGCGCCAGGGCACUUACGCCAACCCCAAAGAGUGGGGCCGUGCCCCACUCAGGGACAUGUUCCUCUCGGAUGAGGACAGCGUCUCCCGUGCCACACUGGCUGCCGAGCCUGCCCACUCGGAGGUCAGCACCGAUUCAGGCCACGAUUCCUUGUUUACUCGCCCCGGCUUGGGUACCAUGGUAUUUCGAAGGAACUAUUUGAGCAGCGGGCUGCAUGGGCUGGGCCGCGAGGACGGUGGCUUGGAUGGAACAGGGACGCGGGUUCGGCUGCAGAGUUCCCCCAGCCUGGACGAUGACAGCCUGGGCAGUGCCAACAGCUUGCAGGACCGCAGUUGCGGGGAGGAGUUGCCCUGGGAUGAGCUAGACUUGGGCUUGGAUGAGGACCUGGAGCCUGAGACUAGCCCCUUGGCGACCUUCCUGGCUUCCCUGUACUUGGAGGACUUUGCCUCCCUCCUGCGGCAGGAGAAGAUUGACCUGGAGGCUCUGAUGCUGUGUUCUGACCUCGACCUCCGCAGCAUCAGCGUGCCCCUGGGGCCUCGGAAGAAGAUUCUGGGGGCCGUGAGGAGGCGCAGGCAGGCUCUGGAGCGUCCCCCGGCGCUGGAGGACACAGAGUUAUAAAAGGUGCUCCUCCUCGCCUCAGACCAAAAUGAAUUGCAAGUUGCCACAACCCAUGGUGGGGCCCAGAGGUCCUCAAAAUUGCCAUCCCUGCCGCCCCUUCUCCAGGAGCAAGGGUCACAUGGGUCACCUCCCUCGAAACCCUGUCCACAUUCUGAAGCAGACGUGUCGCCUGGAGGCACCCAGAGGGACCACAACAUUCCAGAGCGCCACUUCUGAGGAGUGUUGGAUCCCCUGAGCCACCCUCAUUGAAAAGUCCUGAAUUACAAGAGGAUUGGUGGUUAGGAACUGAUUGGCCCAGGGGGUUAGAUGACAUCAGAGCUGAAUUAGAAAUAGAGCGGGGUGGGGGGGGGUAGAGUGACCUGUCGCAGGUACAUCACCUCCCCCACCCACCUUCUCCAGUCCUUCUUAGGAGUGGAAGUGGGGUCCUGUUCUUUUUCAGGCUGGAAACUUUUGCUUCUUACUUACUGCAAUGGAAGAGUUUGGGUAUCCCCUCUUCAUAUACCCCAGAAGGGAGGUUCCCCAGCCAGACCCUUCAGCCAAAUGCCUGGUCUUUCUCUCCCCAGCACACCCUGUCUCCCAGAAGGCCAGUCCCCUGUCUUUUCCCCUUAGCUUUGCCCCCACUCCACUGUGGAGCUGGGUGUUCCCAGGGUCUCCAGAGGACCAGGGGGCCUAGAAGCAAGGUGCAUCGGUGGCCCCCAGGCCUGGAAGUCAAGGCUUACUGGCUGUAGUAUCGCAUCUGCGAACUGCCUCAUAGUCUCCCAGGCCUAGAUAGGCAGGGGGCUGGAUGCAAUUCGUGUCAGGCCCAGUGAGGAAGAUCCUGGAUAAGCAAAGAACCUGAGGUCCUGAUUGUGCCCAGGCUCCCAAGGCGCUCUCUCUCUCUCUCUCUCUCUCUCUCUCUCUCUCUCUCUCUCUCUCUCUCGUGUGUGGGGUGGUGUGUAUAUAUAGGGUGUAUGAAUUGUGUGUGUUUGUGUAUACAAUGUACAUAUAGGGUGUGUGUGCGUGUGCGUGUGUGUGGUGUGCAUAUGUUAUGUGUUGUGUGUGUAAAGUGUGUAUGUGUAGUAUGGAUAUAGGAUGUGUGUGCUUGUGUGUUGUGAUUGGUCAGAGGAAGUUUUCCCUCAGAGUCUGGAGGGGCCUGGGCUGCUCAUGAAUCUGCAUGGAUCAUGGAGAAAUGAGAACUCACUACGUGUUCAGCCUUGUGAUGGUAUGGAGGUGAAAACCAGAGCAAAGGCUAGCCCAGAGGUCCUCAGAGUGUGUCCUUAUAGCACCUCCACCACACCAAGGUUAUAGAUGUGAUUCAGUCCUCAGGAGCCAUGUGCAUGCAGGUUCAUAUCCAGCUCCCCAUGGCCAUGCCCCUCCUCCUUGUCAGCAGUGAACCCCCGUCCCAGACCCUAGCUCAGAGAGCAGGGAGCAAGCACAGACUCUAACUCCUCCUUGAGCUCCCUGGGACAGAGGAAAGAAUCCCAAAGACCUCUGCGUUCUAUCUGGAGGUGCACUACAUAUACACAUGCAGUUCUGAGUGUGGAGGAGGUGGCUUCUUUGCCACCAUUACCCUGAAUCCACCCCCAGCCUUCUUGCUUUCUGGGCCCAAGCCUGGGGCCACCUCCAAGUGCCGACUCAUUUUUCUCAGAGCCCCAGGUACUGCUGUUUCUCACCUCUUCUGACUGCUUACUG